AGAACAUACAAUCUGUCCUGGCAGCCUUUCAGUUCAACAGGAGCUUUUGAAGCACAGACAUCCAGCAGUUCCUGAAUCAGAGUCAUUUUUGAAGGCCGCCAGACGUGGAGGGCAUGUCAGGAGCGGUGAGGAGAGUUUUUGGGAGAAAGUGGUAUUACUACAGACUUCUUGGUCGAUCCAGGCACAGACAGCAUGUCCGGUCACGGAGCCGCUGCCGCAACACUAUCAAGGAGUCACUCACUGACAGGGUGGGCCGACGGCGCAGUAUGCCUGGCAGUACGGUGGACAAAACGGUGGUCGCUAUGGAUGCAGACACGUCAACACCUUUUAAAGUCACGGGCUUCUUGAGCCGCAGACUGAAGGGUUCCAUUAAACGCACCAAAAGCCAGCCGAAGCUCGACCGCCACAGCAGCUUCAGGAACAUCUUACCGGGCUUCAAGAGCGCGGAGAAUGACAGUAGAUCCCAUCUGAUGCCGAGGCUGAAGGAAUCACGGUCUCACGAGUCGUUGCUCAGCCCCAGCAGUGCAGUUGAAGCUCUAGAUCUCAGUAUGGAGGAGGAAGUGCUCAUCAAACCAGUGCACAGCAGCAUCCUGGGACAGGAUUUCUGCUUCGAGGUAACUACUUCAACAGGAAGCAAAUGCUUCUCAUGUCGGUCGGCGGCCGAGAGAGACAAAUGGAUGGAGAAUUUGAGACGCGCUGUGCAUCCCAAUAAGGAUAACACCCGUCGGGUGGAAAAUAUGCUGAAAUGUUGGAUUAUCGAAGCCAAGGACUUGCCAGCAAAGAAAAAAUACUUCUGUGAACUCUGUCUGGACGACACGUUAUACGCACGGACUACCUGCAAACUCAAAACGGACAACGUUUUCUGGGGUGAACACUUUGAGUUCAACAAUCUGCCCUCGGUCAAGAGCAUCACCGUUCAUCUUUACAAGGAAACUGACAAAAAGAAAAAGAAGGACAAAAAUAAUUAUGUGGGCCUGGUCAAUAUUCCCAUUGCGACAGUCACCGGGCGGCAGUUUGUGGAAAAAUGGUAUUCGGUAAGCACGCCGAAUCCUAACAAAGGGAAGAGUCCUGGACCCAUGGUCCGCAUGAAGUCCCGCUAUCAGAGCAUGAGCAUCCUCCCCAUGGAGCUUUACAAGGAGUUUGCAGAGUAUAUUACUAAUAACUAUAUGUUAAUGUGCUCUGUGCUGGAGCCGGCGCUCAGUGUGAAGAACAAGGAGGAGAUGGCUUGUGCGCUUGUGCAUAUUUUACAAAGCACAGGCAAGGCCAAGGACUUUCUGACAGAUCUGAUGAUGUCUGAGGUGGAUCGUUGCGGAGACAAUGAGCAUCUCAUCUUCCGUGAGAACACACUGGCCACCAAAGCUAUAGAGGAGUACCUGAAACUAGUGGGACAGAAAUACCUGCAGGACGCUUUAGGUGAGUUCAUCAAAGCCCUGUAUGAGUCAGACGAGAACUGCGAGGUGGAUCCAUCUAAAUGCUCCUCCAGUGACCUGCACGAGCACCAGAGCAACCUGAAGAUGUGCUGUGAGCUGGCUUUCUGCAAGAUCAUCAACUCUUACUGUGUGUUUCCUCGGGAGCUCAAGGAAGUGUUUGCGUCGUGGCGGCAGGAGUGCAGUAGCCGAGGACGGCCGGAUAUCAGUGAACGCUUGAUCAGCGCUUCACUCUUCCUGCGCUUUCUGUGUCCUGCCAUCAUGUCGCCGUCACUUUUCAGCCUCAUGCAGGAAUAUCCAGAUGACCGCACCGCCCGCACACUCACACUCAUCGCCAAAGUCACACAAAACCUCGCCAACUUCACCAAGUUUGGCAGUAAGGAAGAGUACAUGUCCUUCAUGAAUCAGUUCUUGGAGCACGAAUGGACCAACAUGCAGCGCUUCCUGCUGGAGAUCUCCAACCCAGAGACCAUCUCUAACACAGCAGGCUUUGAGGGUUAUGUUGACCUGGGCCGUGAACUCUCUUCUCUUCAUUCUCUCCUGUCUGAAGCAGUCUCACAGCUCGAUCAGACUACCAUCACCAAGCUGGGACCUUUAGCUCGGAUCCUGCGGGAUGUGAAUUCAGCCCUGACGAAUCCCACCGGAGCCCCUGUACCAUCUCCCACUGAGCGUGUCGGGUCACCUAGUCUCCCUAGCAGCAGCCUGUCCACCGGUCUGCAGAAGAUGGUGAUGGACAGUGAGAUCACAGGGCUGGUGGAUUUCACUCGACUGCCCUCACCAACCCCCGAAAAUAAGGACCUGUUCUUUGUCACAAGGAAUUCUGUGAUUCAGCCGUCACCCGCCCGCAGCUCCAGUUACUCUGAGGCCAACGAGCCAGAUGUUCAGAUCCCCAACGGCAGCAAGAGCUUGUCAAUGGUGGACCUGCAGGACAGCCGAUCUCUGGAGAGUGCUGCCAACACCUCCUUCAGUGACCCCAUCAAUGACAGCCAGACGUCUGCUGGCCAGAGCGCAGGAAUGUGGACCACCCGCACCAUAAAGGGCAACAUGCCCAGUGGUCCAACCCUGAGAAGAGCAGGUCAGACCCCCACCACCCCGAGCACAGAGUCUGCCCCAGGAAGGUCCCAGCUGCUUGCCCCGCUCUCCUUCCAGAACCCUGUGUACCAGAUGGCCGCCGGAUUGCCCGUGUCACCCCGUGCAGUGGCCGACUCAGGAUCUGAAUGCCAGAGUUCCAUCAGCAGUAAUGCAGAGGAAGCAGCUACUGUGGGGCCAAAGCACCCGUUUAUAAGCCAGUCCAGCACAGGGGCGAGCGGUGGAGGGGGCAGUAGUGGGGAUGAGUUUAUUCAACGUCCUGGAGAGUUUACACGUCGACAGCUGUCACUUACAGAGACCCAACACCAGACCAAUGUACCGCGGCAGAACAGUGCAGGCCCACAGCGCCGGAUAGACCAACCACCUCCAGCCAUUACAAGAGGCCGCACUCCACCAAACAUGCUUAACACCGCUCCCUAUCCCCGGCCCUCCAGUGGAAGUAUGAUGUCAUCAUCUCCUGACUGGCCCAGCAGCGGCACCAGACUGAGGCAACAGUCUUCAUCCUCCAAAGGGGACAGUCCAGAAUCCAAGCAGCGCACACUACACAAACAAGCUCCAUCUCCUGUGAAUCCCAAUGCAUUGGACCGCACAGCUGCUUGGCUGCUGAAUAUGAAUGUGCAAUAUUUGGAGCAGGAGGGAAUUGACCCAGAUUCCAAACACCGGGAGGACUUCCCAAACAAGGAGGAUCUCACACCCACUGAAAAGUAUCAGCAGGAGAUAGCCGUCCUGCAGGAGAAGCUGCGUAUUUCUGCCAAGAAGCUGGAGGAGUAUGAAUCUCGCAUGAAGAGUCAGGAUGACCAAACGCAGAAGAUGCUCCUGGAGUACCAGGCCCGGCUGGAGGACACAGAGGAGAGACUACGCAAACAACAGGAUGACAAAGAGCUGCAAAUGAAGAGCAUCAUCACCAGGUUGAUGUCAGUUGAAGAGGAACUGAAGAAAGAUCACUCAGACAUGCAGGCCAUCGUAGACUCUAAACAGAAAAUCAUUGAAGCCCAGGAGAAGAGAAUCGCAUCCCUGGACGCCGCCAACGCCCGGUUAAUGAGCGCUCUGUCUCAGCUGAAGGAUCGUUACAGCAUGCAAACCAGAAACGGCAUCUCUCCGACAAACCCCACCAAGCUUCAGAUCACGGAAAACGGAGAGUUCCGGAAUAGCAGCAACUGCUAGCGUGGACACAAACACGGGCCUACGGGUCUAGUGACGGACAAGGGCUAUGGGUAACUCUCACAAUAUGGAAGGAAGAAAAUGAAACGGCACUCUGGCGUUGUUAAUCUGACUCAGUACCGAGUCCGAAAUAAUUCGGUGUGUCGUUUUAGAGUUGCACAAUAUCACAUGGUUGAUUUUUCACUCAGUGUAUAUAGGCUAUUGUGUCUUUUAGAUGAUUAGCCUGACGGAUGUCUAAUGAAAUACUCCCAUGAUGCUUCUUUCGUAGCCCUUGUCACAAGCCGUGACUAGGGGUGUGUUCACACUUGCAGUUUGGUCCAGAUUAAAACAGAAAAGGGUUUUAUGUUUGUAUUCACACUCAUUUUAAAGGGGUCAUGAACUACUUUUUGGUUUUCUCAUUAGAACAUUUUAGAUCACACCCUUCAUACAUUUUUUCAUAAAUAGAUUUUGGUUAAAAAUGCAUAGAUAUUGAGUACAAUAUCAAUUGAUCUGUAAUAAUUCAAAGCAAUAGGGAGCGUAUUUAAAACAGUUACACUUAUGUCGUGCGACAUUACUGUCAAAUCCAAUAUAGUUGGCACAACAACAUCAUACUUUGAGUCUUACUGAAAAUCCAUCGUCAAAUUGUGCCUUGUCUCUAAACAGAUUGGCAAAGAAAGUUCGUAAAGGUCCUGUGGAGUGCUUUGAAAUGUACGUUUUUAUUUAAUGUCGAAACAUAAAGUCAUAGUGUAGCUCCUCCCCUUUAAAAAAAGCAGCCAGUAGUUUUGCUUUAUCACCACUCUGCCAGUGAGAGUAGUUGAGCGCAAUUAAAUGAGAAGCGUCUUGAAGAGGGCAGGGCAUGUCAGAUACUAGAGAGCAUUUGAUUGGUCAUGAUUUGAUGAGAAACUGAAAUAUCAGGUGACGUGAAUAAAUCAGUUUUAUAUGUUCUAAAAACGAAUUUCAUCACUGUUCAGGUGCACACUAGCUUAUAGAUGUCCUAAAAACUAACAAUACUGAUGCUAACAUCUAAAACUUUAUUUGCAUUUCAUGGGACCAUUAAAGAGGUGAUCUGGAACUUGAAUAAUAAUACGAUUCACCCACUCUUCCCUAAUGUUGGACACAGAAGGCAGAGCAUCUUAUUGUCUUCUGAGCAUCUUUAUCGGUUGGUUGUUUAAUUCUACAGUGUGAAUCGUGGGCGGAGCUAAACAGGCAGCGAUGUAGAAGUACGUGUUGAUUAUCUUCUGUGGAGGCGGAGUUAAGCUACACUGUUACACAACCUGUUAUUUUAGCAGACCCGCUUCAGUAUAAACUGUUGUAUGCCAAGUUCAGACUGCAUGAUUUUGACUCGCCGACAGGUUUUGAGAAAUCGCAGACAAAUGCCUGAAAUCACAGGCAAAUCGGUGCUCGUUCACGUGAGUAACAAUCACAGUGUGAACUAUCAAAGACGCCAUCUGAGAGAAUUGCUGGUGAGUUGCCGACACCCGUCAGAUAUUUGGCAUGCUAAAUAUCUGGAGUUGUCGCAGAUUCAAAAUUAUGCCGUGCGAAAUGUGUUCUAAUUGAAAAUAACAUCGGUGAUUACCUACAUCCAAUGCGGGAGCAGCAUCCACUAGUAUGGGUAUCUGCAGGCCAGCGGGAGGUUGGGGAGAAGUUACAAGGGCUUCUUUUUGGUUUAUUUUGACCCAAGAGGUGAAGGAAAAACUAGUCCAAAUGUGGCAGGAGCACCCGUGUCUGUUUGACGUGUCAUCUGAGCAAUACCACAACCGGGUCUAAGCAGAAAAAGGUUAAAGAGAAAUUCCCUUCAAAAGCCAGGUGAGCAAAAUAAGUACAUUGUCUACCCCACUAAAGGCUUCUUUCUCACUAUGUAGUUUAUUACAAAAUAUAUACUACGUGACAUCGAGUUGUUUCCAUGUCACUUCUUGCGUGUGUGUGGUUGUGAGACGUAGUUUGCGGACCAAGACAAAGUUGUCGGCGAUUUUCCUAUUGUAAAGUCAUGCAGUGUGAAACCCCCUGUAAACGCAGCAGCGACAGAAAACAGUGUGAAACUUUAGUGACUUGACUACUUUAAAAAUCGUGCAGUCUGAACUCGGCAUUAGACUAACCAGAAAGUUUUAAGUUUUGAAACUUACAGGAUGUUUUGGGUUUGAGUUGAGAACUCAAGAAAAGCUUAAGAAAUGCACACAGUGGUCAAAACAGCACAAUGAAUUCCUCCAUCUCACACACAUAUAUUUUCAAAUAUUUGCUGCAGGAAUACAGUAUAUGUCUCUAAUGCCUGUAUUGACAUAGGCAUUACAGCUCCAUUGAUUAGAAAAAAACAGGUAUGCUUGUACAGUACAUCCUUUAUUUGGAUCUUGUGACAUCACAUUCUUCUUUUGGUUUGUUUAGCCGCACGUCAUUAUUUUGUCAAGUACGAUGCGAUCCUGGAUUAUCAUCUAUGUUAAUCUUGAAACAUCUUAUUUUGUUCGAAAAUGUAAUUCUCACCUAUUCCCUACCCCUAAAACUAACCAUAACUAAACUAUUCCCAAAAUCAGAGGGGAAUAACAGUUGGAUAACAAUCAUAUAGAUGUGCCUAAUUGUAAGCUUAAACUUGACAUAAGCUGUAUCCCUUAAUUCUGAUUGGCUGAUUGGAAUGUUGUUCCAGGAUCAACAUAGAUGUUAAUCCAGGAACAGGUCCUACUUGGUGAAAUCAGGUUGCCGUUGCUUCGCCUUUGGUCUGUGUUGUAUUCAAGCUUCAGUCGAAUCCCAUCAGAGUUUGUUUUGAAGUGAAACAAGACCUUUAAAAUGUUUUCAGUCCGCUUGUUUGGUUCCGAUGUCACCAUUCAAUCAUACUCAAAGAGUCUUUUAAUAGACCCCAAGCGUGCCAAGUGUGAACACACCCUAAAUUCUGCAUCAUCCGUAGAUUUGAACUGGGCAUAUAAGCCUUUUGAUUGGACUCCGCAUGAUAGUUCUGCUCAUGUAUGUAAUGAUUUGAUAAAACACUAUUUUCAGCUUUUUUUAUUGUACAUUUCAUCACCCUUUUUUUGUCGCUUGCGUCACUCCAGGACGGCAGUAGCACAAAGAGCUGGCUUUUUUUGUAAGAGAAACAUUGCAUUUGGUUGCAUACUUUUUUUGUAUGUGCAUAACAUUUUAGUCUAUAAAUAAGGCGCGUUCCUUAUUAAUGUAUAUAGUUUUUUAUGGGCUUUUCGGAGAAAAGAGAUUUUCUUUCCUUUGUUUUUUUCGUACAGUGUGUAUUUCCCGUGCUGAGGUCUGCUGUACUUUAUGUAGAAGAAGAACAACAUAAGCUGAUUGUACAUUCAGGUGCUGCUUCUAGACAGAGCAAAGACAACGACACACACUUUAACCCUCCGCAAAUGCUCACAAUCAAUGCUGUGGAUACAAACAAUCCUCAUACCGCUUGCUGUGGCCAGUAUUAGACUCCAUACCCAACACGAUACCUUCAGUACAAUCAAUGUCUGUCCUCCUACGAUGUCUUUUCUUCCACUCUAUGCACUUUCUAUAGCAUUAGAAUGGACCCUUUAACCAAAACCUGCUUCUGUGGACUUGUUAUAAAGGCUAUUCAGAGCAGCAAGUACAAAGCAUAUAGCAUUCGGCACUUGGAUUGGAUGACAGAUGAUGUGUGAAGGGUAUGUGGCUGAUUUUUUUUUUGCUUAAAGGUUGUGAUGUUUUGUGCUCUUCAAAAGCAUCAAACGAACCGCGAGUGAAUGCAGCAUGGCAAUAGUUGCAUCAGCUCUGCAUAAAGAGCCUAUGAAGGUUUGCUCCAGUAUCAGACAAGCCUGAUUUAGCUUCACUCAACUUUAUUCAAAUCAGGUUCACCAGAAGACUGUCAGAGUUUCUUUAUGUUGAAAUAUUCACAUCUGUUUUGUUUUUGAGAGUUACAUUUUGGCACUUCACAUAGAAUGUCUUAAUUUCUCUGAAUACUCUCUGAUUUUUUAACUACUUUAAUUUUGAGAGAAAGUAUGCUCUGUUUGAUUAUCGUUUGGAGUUGGUUUCUUUUAAUAUAUAUUUUAAGUUAUGUUCAGCUAAUUUAUUUAUUCGACUAUAUUUGUCGCAACCCCAGAAUUGAGAUGAAGUUUGGACGGCGAAUGUGUCAAGCAUUAAAAUCAAAAGUCAACCUGAAAUGAAAGUUGUAUUAGUUGCUUUUUCUUCUCUAUUACGGAAAUUAGCUAAGUGAAAUGAGUUCUCAAACAAUAGGGUGUGGGAUAUUGAUCAUCUAUAAUAAUAGCAUAAAUGUUGUCAAUAUCAAUACUGUGUGAGCUGUACAGUUUAAAUUAUUCAUUGCUUGAAUUAGUCUAGGGCUGGGUGAUAUGGCAAAAAUGCAAUCUCAAUAAUUGUUUUCCAUAUUGAACGACAAUGAUAUAUAUUUCGAUAUAAGUUGUUAACGUUUCCCAGUUUAAAAGAGUACAACAAUGACUGAAGCCACAAAAAUUAGAGGGUUAUGACAUAAAAUAUUUUCAGACAAUAAAUUUUCUGGUGGCAAAAUAUAUCAAAUAUCUUUUGAUAAUAACUUAUCUUUUGAAAUAUCUAAUAUUUUUAGAUUCCCAUUGUUGCUCAUGUUUUUGCUGUGUGAUUAUCUUAGAUCAAUACAGAGUAAAAAAGUCUAGAGCCUAUCAUUGUUAUUGACAAAUUUUAUCACUAUUCGAUUGAAUAUCGUUUAUUGGCCCAGCUCUAAUGAAGCGUAAAAUACAGAGUAACCCUAUAUAAUUCAAGUUAUGAAGGCAAAAAAUAUUAAUGUGGCUUUCUGUUUGUUAAAGAGAAUUAUUUUUAAGAGUAGGGCUGCAGAAUAUAUCGUUUCAGCAUCGAUACCGCAAUGUGCACAUUCACAAUAGUCACAUCGCAAAGAUAUGCAAUGUCCGGUCUAAAUUAUAAUUCACCAGGAGCUACAGAAUUGUAUUUAGCACUAUAUUUAUAUGGAAUUUAUAUGAUAUAUGUAAAAAACAUUUUACUUUUAAUUUUUGUCUUGUUUCUAGUCCAAAUAUAUACAUACCAAAGCAAAAACAAGAUUAUUUCACUUACCCCACUGGCAGAUAAUUUCAUUAAAACAAGCAAAAAACCUAAGAUUUUUUUAUAUAUUUGCACAAGAAACAAGGCAAAACAAAGUAAGAAAAGCGUUUUUUUGCAUUGUAAUUAUAUAUUAAAUUUCUGUACCUGAAUACUGUUAGACUCCCCAGAAAACCAUCAAAUAGAGCUAUUUAAGCCAUCCUCUGGAAUAUUCAUAUCGCAAUAUUUAUCGCAGAAAAGUAAAAUAUCACAAUAUCAGAUUUUUCCAAUAUUGUGCAGCCCUAAUAUGAAGUUAAAUAAAAUCACACAAACUAGAGUAUUGUUUACUCAAGAAUAUCAUGAGUGAUUGCAACUUAUUAUAGACUAAAUAUUGUCACUAUUCCAUAAAAAUAAGGACUGAUAGCUUUGAUUUCAUGUUGACUUUAACCAUAGAUAUUUACAUUAGAUGUUGUCUACGCUGUUGUUUGUCUAUUAGAAGGAAUGCGUCAAUAUAUCCGCCAUUUUUGUACAUUGUAGCGCUCCUUGGAAAUGAAUGUGGGACCAAGGUGUAGUGGAGGACUGGCCAUCCGGAGUCAUAGAUAUGUAAACAUAUCGUCACCUUGGAAUUAUAAGGUUCUAUCUGCGUUCUGAAUGAUUUUGAGAUAUUGAGCUUCAAAGUUUUUGCAUUCCAUAGAACACAGUAUGUGUGUAACAUUUGUUUUUUAAAUAAAAAGUGUUAAAAUGUGGACAACUUAUAAAAAAAAUCCUAUAAUGUAAAUAAGAUGUUUAACAUUUAAUAAGAAUAUGUCAAUAACUCAAUUUUGACAAAAAUCCCAGAUAGAACCUUAUAAUUCUAAGGUGACGAUAUAUCUAUGAUCGGGAGUUCCUCGGUGGUAUUUCUUGUAAAAUUAUAAUUUUACAUCCCUUUUCUACAUCAAUGGAUAAGUGACGACACGGGCAUUGUGUGCAUGGAAAUGUAUUAUCUCCCUCCCUUUUAAAUUUGAUCUAAUCCUUGUCCUGUUUGUGAACUAAUCUCCAUUAUGAACCAUCAACAAAUAUCCCUGCGUUUCAAUGUGCACUUCCACCUUUAUGAUCUAGAUGGUAUAACACUUGUAAUGUUCAAUAAUUUAAAGUGAACAGUAAGCACAUUGAGGCGCAGACACUGUUUUGUUAUCAGGCACCCUUAUAAGUUACUUAAAAAACUAACGUUCGUUCCCUUGGCUGACAACAAUACAAGUUUCUGGCACCGUAUUGUCUUGUUGUCAUGUUUAAUUUACAUUGUUUGCUGAUUUUAUUCAACAAAACGAGCAUAAGCCUAGAAUUUAGUGCAAGUUGAUGCUACUUUGCCUCAUCAAUAACGUUACUUGUUCAGCACAAAAGUUCGUAAUAUACAAAAUCAUAAGAAACGAAAUCUUACAGAUGAGAUGUUCUGCUUUUAUUCUUUGUUUUCUUUGUUUGCUCAUUACUACACUCGUACACAGCGCAAAAGUUUGCACAUUGACUUUGGUCAUGACUACUGUAAAUGCGGUUCAAUGACAUUUGUCCUGGGAGCACUGUACAAAUGUGGCGGCCCUAUUGACGCAUGCUCAGGGCGAUAUCUAGUGUGCGAUAUCUAGUGCAUAUAUCUAUGGACUUUAAAAGUUGAAGUGUGUUUUUUUGUGUUUAAAAUAUCAACCAAUGGAUUUAGGUUGUAGGGGGGAUUAUCUGUUUAUAUAGCCAAUGGGAUUCAGGAAACCUGUUUGAAAACAUUCAUUGUUAUCGCUGUUGCAGAGGCUAGCAAUUACACACAAGUUGUGUCUCAAGAUGUGUUUUCAGUGAAUGUUUUGGGGCAGAAUUUAUUCAUUGCAAUAGGAAUCCAUGCAGUAAGACAUUUUGUUUGCAGGUGAAUUAUUUCACGGCACAAAUAUUGCCAUGGAUUCGGGUUUUGACUGAGAAAAAUCAACUUCAUUAAACUGUUGACCUUUCUUUUUCUGUAGAAAUGACACUAAUGUGGCCGCAAGUUUGUACUAAUUUAUUGAGUUACAGCGUAAACAAGCUAAUGAAACAUGUCUGGAGUACCUGUCACACUUCUGAAGGCAAUAGUUGGGCACAUUAAUACACUUUAAAAAUGUUUUUCCUCUAUUAAUACAUUAACUGAAAGUCAAAGGGCUGCUGUUUAGUACUUGGUUUAAAGGAAGAUGACUUUUUUCCCUCUUUGGCAUGAUUAUAUACAGUAUAUAAGUAAAUUCUCCAUGUUUUCUGCUUUACCUCUUCAUCUUUUGUAUGUAUCUUUCAGAGCUACGCUGACAGUUUUGCCACGUGUACAUACACAAACAGAAGGCACCAAUAUAUAAGUCAUUUGUGUUGGAAUAAUAAUUGUUCUGUGCAAUUUAUGUACAAUUGCCUCUAGAAUUAUGACAGUUUUAUUUAGCUAUUUUAAGGUUCUGACUUUGUUAGUUUACUGUACAGUCCAAGAAAAAUACUGUUGUUGAGAAAAAAAGCUAUAUUGUUUCACCUGUGUAAAGUUAAGUAAAUGCUAUGGACAGAAUGUAUAUAUCCAUGUAGAACGCCAUUGUCAAGAUGGGUGCACUUCAAUGAGUGCCAUUCAAAAUAAAAGCAAAAUAUUUGUC